CUUUGUUGCCUCUUGUUUUGAUGAAAAAGCUCCACUGGGCAAUCAGUUCGUUGGACAGUCUACAUCAUAGUUUCUGUACUCUUUGGGACUUGGGUAUCAACGCAUAGCUAUAGUUUUUAUCAAGAUGAUGCUGAAAGAGUCCACCAUGACAGCAGCACUGGUGGCGGCACUUUUGCUGGCGGCAGUGUUGCCGCAUGCAAGUCACGGAAUUUCCUGGGGAAAAUCUUCUUUAAACCACAAUCAUCUUUCCUUUGGACUGUCAAGACACCACCAACAAUCCAUUUUGGAGACCCGAGGAGGAGCUACCAAGGCAGCGCCAGAAGAUGAAACAGAGGAAGAAGCUCCAGCUGAACUGUAUCUACCAGGUCUCUUGGAUGCCGUGGUGGUCAAAGAUGACAUGCCCACUGCGCAAUCCGACUGCACAAUCAUCUUGUCGGCAUCCAAAGCCAAAGAAUUGGGACUGAAAAAGGGUGAAGCCGUGGCCUUGGUUGGUCGACGCCGUCGUGCUGCAUAUGCCAUUGUCACUGUUGGAAAACUAAAGAAAUCCAGCUGUUCGGUGCACGCUAACUUGGCCAAAAACUUGCGACUUCGAAAUGGGGACAAGAUCAAAGUGGAACGCCUCGCUGGAGAAACUCCUGCCGAUACCGUACGCAGUGGAGACAUGAUUAUUUUGCAAGUAUCCAAGCCACCAAAGAUUAAAGCCGUCACCCUUAGCCCCGUCGAAGAUAGUUUGACGGCCUUGCAGAAUAGUGAAGGUGGAGACGCCAUCCCUGAAGACGAAAUCGAUGAACGUUUCGUCAUGCCUUACUUGGAUGAAACGGGUGCCAUGAUGAAGCAAGAUCAUCUUUUGACCCUCAGUGAUGCCAAUGGCAAAAAACUCGAGUUUAUCGUGACUGAAGUGGAGCUAGAAAGCGAUAAACCUGAAGAUGAAGAGGGCGAAGAGGAAGAGGAGGAUGACGAAGAUAAGGCUGUUGCCGGAGUGACACAUUCAGAAACAGAAGUCAUUCUUGGAAGCUCCACUCCACGGGUAGAAGUUGGCAUGGGAUAUGACUCCAUCGGAGGAAUGGACCAAGCGGUGCAACUCAUGAGAGAACUAGUGGAACUCCCUCUUCGCUUCCCAGAACUCUGGACCACAGCUGGCGUACCCACACCCAAGGGUGUCUUGCUUCACGGUCCACCUGGUUGUGGUAAAACUCUGGUUGCCAAUGCCCUUGUAGAGGAAACCGGUGCUCACAUUGUCAUUAUCAACGGACCCGAGAUCAUGGCCAAAAAGGGUGGUGAAAGUGAAUCCAAUCUUCGUCAAGCCUUUGAGGAGGCUAUGGAAAAGGCACCCUCCAUCAUUUUCAUGGACGAGCUAGACUCGAUCGCGCCAAAGCGUGAUCAAGCACAGGGAGAGACGGAGAAGCGUGUGGUGUCUCAAUUGCUCACCUUGAUGGAUUCUUUGAAAUCCAGCUCCAACGUUAUGGUGAUCGGUGCCACAAACCGACCCAAUGUCAUUGAAUCGGCGCUUCGUCGCCCUGGUCGUUUCGAUCGUGAAUUGGAAAUUGUCAUCCCUGAUGAAGACGGGCGCCAUGAGAUUCUAAAGAUCAAAACAAAGGACAUGGACCUGGCAGCCGAUGUGGAUCUUUUUCAAAUUGCCCGUGAUACGCAUGGAUAUGUGGGUGCUGAUCUGCAGCAAUUGACACUUGAAGCAGCCUUGCAGUGCAUUCGAUCCAACAUUGGCAGCAUGGACGUGGAUAGUGAAGAACCCAUUCCCGAGGAAGCUCUUGAUCUGUUGGUAGUCACCGAAGAUCAUAUGAUUCACGGUUUGAGCCACAGUGACCCCAGUACACUGCGCGACAACAAGGUAGAAGUGCCAGAUAUCAAGUGGGAAGAUAUUGGAGGAUUGGAAGAAACCAAACGGGAACUCCAGGAGAUGGUUAGGUAUCCCAUUGAACAUCGCCACUUGUUUGAACGUUUUGGUAUGCAAGCGUCUCGCGGAGUUCUUUUCUAUGGGCCUCCUGGAUGUGGUAAAACGUUGAUGGCAAAGGCCAUUGCCAAUGAAUGUGGAGCUAACUUCAUUUCUGUCAAGGGACCAGAAUUGCUGAAUAUGUGGUUUGGUGGUUCCGAAGCCAAUGUCCGAAACCUUUUCGACAAAGCUCGCGCAGCCAGUCCUUGUAUUUUGUUCUUUGAUGAAAUGGACUCGAUUGCCCGUGCUCGUGGCGGUAGUUCUGGUGGAAGUUCCGAAACCAGCGACCGUGUCAUCAACCAGAUUCUUUCCGAAAUUGAUGGUAUGGGAUCUGGAAAGACAUUGUUCAUUAUUGGUGCCACCAAUCGUCCCGAUAUUUUGGAUCCUGGUAUCAUGCGUCCCGGUCGUCUCGAUCAGCUGAUCUACAUUCCAUUGCCUGAUUACGAGUCUCGUGUUUCCAUCUUCAAGGCCAGCCUCAGAAAGAGUCCUGUGGCAGAAGACAUUGACAUGGAAAUGCUAGCUAAGGUCACCGAUGGUUUCUCGGGUGCUGACAUUACAGAAAUCUGCCAACGUGCUGCCAAGAAUGCUAUCCGUGACAGCAUUACCGCACAAAUCGAGCGUCAAAAGCGAGUGGAAGAUGGCGAAAUCACUCAAGAAGAGGCCGAUGCUCUUCCUGACCCCGUCCCCUAUAUCACACGUGAGCAUUUUGAGGCUUCCAUGAGCAAGGCCCGUCGAUCCGUGGGUCCCGAAAUUGUCGCGCAAUACGACGAGUUCCAACACAAAUCGAAGCAACAAUGGGCCGAAUCCUCCGGCAGCGCAGCUGGCAAGUAUGACAUUGAUGAGGCGGCGGAAGAACAAAAGAGAGCUGAAGAGUUGCUCAAUGGCGCUGAGGAAGAAGCCCCCUCAGAGGCAGAAGCUCCAGAAGAACCAGCCGGAGAUGAUGAGUAAAGAGUAAAAUAAAAGCAUGUUUGAAUUUCUGGCUAGGUUGUAGAUUGGUCUCAACAAGUGGCUGUUCACAGAGUACAGUAGCCUCAUCACUCAUCAGAUGAUCAGACGUCGAGUCUUUGCGCACUAACAUUAGUUCAAUGGCCCUCCUGAACCUUUCAAGUUAAAGUGCAUUGGAGAGGCCACAGUUCAAGUCUUCUUGAGGCGGCAGCGCUUGCUGGACUAUUUGCCACCAUUUCCUCUUCCCUGAAUUGAAUGCGUUUCCAGCAGUGAUCAUCAUCUUGGUUGUCUGCAUCAAAAGCUGGGGCCUCAAGAUCAUGAUCAUAAUGAGGCGCGGCUUUCAGAGUUGCUUUUCGGAACCACAUCUGUGCUUUCCACGGUGACUGGGCCGUGGAGUUAUUUCGGGAUUCAAAAGCUUCA